AUGGAUACUCAGAGGUUACAGAAACACCUUUCAUGGGAGCUACUGAAAACCAUUAAUGAUGGAACAGAACCUUGGUGCAUAAUUGGUGACUUUAAUGAAAUCCUCUUCCAACAUGAGAAAAGCGGAGGUAGAGCAAGACCAGAAAACCAAAUGAUUUCUUUUAGAAAUGCUGUGGAUCAAAAUAAUCUGACUGAUUUGGGUCACAAGGGGGUAGCUUAUACUUGGAGCAAUAACCAGAAAGAAGGAAACUUCACCAAAGUGAGACUUGACAAAUGUUUUGCAAAUCAGAGAUGGAGACAGACCUAUCAAAAAGUUUCAGUAGAGAACCUGGUGGCUAGGAGUUCAGACCACAAUCCAAUUCUUCUCUGUACCAGUAAAUAUGCUGCAGUUACUCCAGUAAAACAAAGAUUAUUUAGAUAUGAAGCAUGGUGGAGUAAGGAGGAAGAAUGUAAAGAAGUCAUAACAAACAAUUGGUUACAGGACACCACAGAAAGAAACUCAGUCCAGCAAGUAUUGACCCAUUGUAGAAAUUCAUUGCAACAAUGGAGCAAAAACUUUCAUAGACAGAAGGGUCUUUUACUAAAACAGAAAUCAGCUCUAUUAAAAAACCUCCAAGAUGGCAACAGUGGAGAUAACAGUAACAAUAUUCGAGCUCUACAAAAAGAAGUGGGAAUCCUUAUGGAAGAAGAAGACAUAAAGUGGAGACAAAGAGCAAAAAGGAACUUGUAUACUCAAGGGGACAGAAAUACUCACUAUUUUCAUGCAUGUGCAACACAAAGAUAG